AUGGAGAGAGCCAGGCCGGUGCCGCUGCCUCAGCCGUGCCAACUGCCGCGGACGACCGCGCCUCGUCCGUUGCGCCCCGCUCCGCCCCCACUGCGGGUCGAGGGCACCCCUUUCCGGGCAGUGGUGGCCGAGUCCCCUCAGUUGCCACCUGCCCCGUGCGCGGCCGCCAUUGUGACCGUGGCUUCACCGUGCGGGGAGGCCCCGUCGUCGGGCGUACAGCCUGCGGCAGGACAGCUGCUGCAAGUGAAACCCGAGCAGGUGUUGUUGCUGCCGCCAGGACCACCACUGCCUCAGGCCCCCGACGGCGACGCUGCCAACUCGCCCGCGCAGGCGCGGCUGCUGCAACUGAGGCCCGAGCUGCUGCUGCUGCCGCCGCCGCCACCGCCCGCGUCCGAGGGUGCCCCUUGGACGUCCGAGUUCCACCCGCUGCAGCCCCGGGCACUGCACGUCAAGGCCGAAAAGGAGGAACCUGGGCCCGGCUUGGACCCGUCGGUGGGGCCUCGGAGGACAGUUGAGGUGAGCCCUAGAGCCUCCGGGGUGGCCAACGUGGAAGGCCCCAAGCCGGUCUUCGACAGCCUCCGAGGGGACGAGAAGGGCAGGCUGGAAGUGGAGGAAGUCAUGAAGGACACCGCGAAAAGCGAGGAAGGCAAAAGUUUGGUGGCCAUCCGAGAAGGAAUCAUCAAAACAGAGGAGCCCGAGAGAUUCCACGACCACAGGCUCGGCACGGAGCUCCCGUCCAAUGGCCUGGUCCAUGGCAGCAAGGAGGUCAUCCUGGCGCAGCAGUCCAGCGCCUUUGGGCCACACCAGCAGGACCUCAGGAUCCCUUUGACUUUCCACACAGUCCCUCCUGGGGCCCGGAUCCAAUUUCAGGGACCUCCACCCUCAGAGCUGAUACGAUUGACUAAGGUUCCUCUGACACCAGUGCCUAUUAAAAUGCAAUCCUUAUUGGAGCCUUCUGUAAAAAUUGAAACCAAAGAUGUCCCACUCACCGUGCUUCCCUCAGAUGCAGGAAUACCAGAUACUCCCUUCAGUAAGGACAGAAAUGGUCAUGUGAAGCGACCUAUGAAUGCGUUUAUGGUUUGGGCAAGGAUCCACCGACCAGCACUAGCCAAAGCUAACCCAGCAGCCAACAAUGCAGAAAUCAGUGUCCAGCUUGGGUUAGAGUGGAACAAACUUAGUGAAGAACAAAAGAAACCCUAUUAUGAUGAAGCACAGAAGAUUAAAGAAAAGCACAGAGAGGAAUUUCCUGGUUGGGUUUAUCAGCCUCGUCCAGGGAAGCGAAAACGCUUCCCUCUAAGUGUUUCCAAUGUAUUUUCUGGUACCACACAGAAUAUCAUCUCUACAAAUCCUACAACAAUUUAUCCUUAUCGCUCACCUACCUACUCUGUGGUAAUUCCCAGCUUACAGAACACCAUCACUCAUCCGGUUGGUGAAGCCCCAUCUGCCAUUCAGCUGCCCACACCUACGGUCCAGCGCCCAAGCCCCAUCACACUUUUCCAGCCCAACGUCUCCAGUACUACCCAGGUGGCAAUCCCAGGUCCAAGUCUGCCCCUCCACCCAGCACUCCCAUCCCAGCGCUUUGCUGGGCCUUCCCAAACGGACACUCAUCAGCUGCAUUCUGGAGCCAGUCACUCUGUGAAGAGACCCACUCCAGUCUCUCUGGAGAGCACCAACAGGAUUCCAACUAGUGCAAGUACUGCCCAUGCCAGAUUUGUAACCUCGACCAUCCAACCUCCCAAGGAAUAUCCCAGCAUUUCCACUUGUCCAAGAAGUGCUUCAAUCCCCCAGGCUCCUCCCAUUCCACAUUCACAUGUCUACCAGCCCCCUCCUCUUGGCCAUCCAGCCACACUGUUUGGGACACCACCGCGAUUCUCUUUUCAUCACCCUUACUUCCUACCUGGACCUCACUACUUCCCAUCAAGCACGUGCCCUUAUAGUCGGCCUCCCUUUGGCUAUGGGAACUUUCCAAGUUCAAUGCCAGAAUGCCUUGGUUAUUACGAAGACAGGUACCAAAAACAUGAGGCUAUGUUUUCAGCUUUAAAUAGAGACUAUCCUUUUAGAGACUACCCUGAUGAACACACACACAGUGAAGAUCCUCGGAGUUGCGAGAGCAUAGAUCGGACCUCUUACUAUAACAGUCAUAGCCACGGUGGGGAAGAAUACUUAAAUCCCAUGCCUCAGCUGGACAUUGGAACCUUGGAGAAUGUCUUCACAGCCCCAACAUCAACUCCCUCUAGCAUCCAGCAAGUCAACGUCACUGACAGUGAUGAAGAAGAAGAAGAAAAAGUGCUCAGGAAUUUAUAAUUUUAAAGCAAAUAUGCAUAGAAAAUAAACAUUUCUUAAAUUAUAUUCUGGGUCAGUUGGUGUGAGGAAAAAAAAAAAAAAAGCCUAGAAUGCUUUGCUUAGAGUUUUCAGCCAUGAUUUGAGGAGCCAAAACCAAAUGCAAUUUAUGUCUUUAUAAAGUUUCAAUUAGUGAAACUGGAGUCCUGGUAUUUCAUCUUAGGAAUAUUUAAGAUGUGAAGUCGUUUAUUUUUAUGGUUGAAAUUUGCAUCAACAUGUAUUAUCACUACUUUAUCUUGGAAUGUGUGCAAAAUACUGAAGCCUCACGAUUGUAUGAGGGGGGAAAGGGGAGAAUAUAUGUCAUGACAAGUGUGAUUUGUAUUUUAUCUCAGGAUACAUCUAUUUUUCUUAAAUGAUUUUUUGUUUGGUUUUUAUGUAAUACUUAUGGAUGUUAUCAGUUUUUACGUAACAUUUUGAAAAGAUUUUGAUAACUUUUAGUAGUGAACCAGGACUCAGUUACUAAAUUUAAUUUACACUGAUAACCAAUUAUAAGUUGCAAAUGUGUUUUCAUGGCACCUGGGUAAUUCCUUCAGAUAAAUUUAGUCAUUUCUGUUCCUAAACAUUUUUAUCAUCAUUUUUUAAUAUCUUUUUCCAUUUGGUACGCAUUGUUCUAUUUUUGUUAUAAUUAAAUAAACAUAGAUAAAAUUAUU